UGGAACCUCAAACUUGUCAAGGCUGCUGAGGGCCAGGUUGGGGGGUGCUGUCCCCUUUGCAGCAGAAGCCCUGCUUUCUCUGCCCCAGUCUCCUUCCGGCCGUCAGUUCCUUGGGCCCCACCUUUGCCCCAGCUAGGGAGGGCACAGUGGCACCGUUCCAGAAUGUUCUAGAAUCCCCAAUUAUUCUGGAACACGCUAGAAUCUCCAGGCAAAGAGUCGGAACCAGGAUCGUAGCAUUCGGAGGCCUUCGCGGCGUCAGUGGGGCUGGCCCCUGUCGGCCACUCGCCAGCAGGCCUCAUGUGGACGCUGGCGUUAGGUGGGGUUUUCCUGGCCACUGCCCAGGCCUGUGUCCUCUGCCACCUCUCGGCCCGUGACUUGUCGGCCCGCCUGGCUCAACUCUGCAGCCGAGUGGAGGUUCUGUGGAAGGAUUGUGGGACGUCCUGGAGCUUCCCGGCCUUUGCCUUAGAUGAGGCAUCCAUGAACAAAGUCAUAGAGAAGACUCACAGAGUCCUGAGGGUCAUGGAGAUCAAAGGGUCUCUCUCCUCUCUCCCCUUGUAUUGGCGUUGGCUGCAAAACACCAAGCUCCCCGCUUACACCAGGGAAGCUCUCUGCGCGCCCGCCUGCCGGGGCAGCACCAUCCUGUAUAACUGUUCCACCUGCCAGGAAUUCAAGGUGCGCUGCUGGCCCCGAAAGCGCUGCCUCCCAGGAAGUCACGAUCUUUGGGAAGCCAAGAUUCUGCUCCUCUCUGUCUUGGUAGCUGCCCUGCUGCUGGGUGUUAUGAGCCUCGUGGUGGAGUCCAGGUAUAUCGAAGCAGAAAGGACAAGUGAAGACCCGGACAGCCUCCCAGCCUCCUCCAGUUCUAAAGACCACGAUGAAUCCAGUUACAUCGAAGCAGAAAGGACAAGUGAAGACCCGGACAGCCUCCUAGCCUCCUCCAGUUCUAAAGACCAUGAUGAAUCCACUUCCCUCGGAGAGGAUCAGCCAGCCCCUUAGUUCCAAUCCCCAAGGUUCAGCCUUCCAGACCCCGAAGCCCAGACGUCCCCAUGGUCCCCGUGUCAGAGAGCUGCCAGGGACCCAGGUUCCAGCAGCUGGGAAGCUCCUCUCCCCCCCCCCCCGCCCCGCCCCCAGCCUUCAACUAAUCAGACAGGAGUAGUCACUGGUUCCAGGAAAAUAUCUACAGAAGGAAAGAAUCCCCUCCGCACCCCCUCCCUCCUGUUCUCGGAAAGCGGGGGCGCCUGCCCCACAAGCUCCUCUAGGCCCUCUUGUGACUGAUUGGGAAUCCGGGAAUGAGUGUUUUGGAAAACUCCCUCCCUUUAGAGUUGAGACCACAUCAGUCAGCCUGCUGGCAGGCUAUCCCUCCAUUUAACAUUGUGAAGCCUUGGCCUCCCACAGAGGCGUCCCUCCUGCCAAGGCCAAGUAAACCUGUUGUCAAAUGGCCUCCACCCCUGCCUGGCCUCUGUCUGCAACUGGGGAGGGCAGAGUGGGGACGGGAGACUCGGGGUGGCACAGUGGUUCUCAGCUGGGGGGACGGGGGGAUUUUCCACCCCAGGAGACAUUUGGUGACAUCUGGAGACGUUUUCGAUUGCUUCGAUUGGGGGAUGUGCUCCUGGCA